CUCUGAUUAAGCUAAAUCAAUCUUUUUAAUCUGGCUACGGAAGUUCGAGAUCGGGUAAUUCGUUGGGGGUGCGAGAGAACUUGAUCCUGGUCUCGAUUACAAUGCACCUCACAUGCAGGGUUGUGGCAUUCCUCAUCGCCUGGGGCCAAGUUUUCUCUCCAUUCUGGUGUCUUCUCCACUGCGUCGGAGCGAAGGGAGUUACUGAUUCUUGCACCAUGACAGAUCGGGGCUGUUUGUGAGGCUGCGAGUUUGUGUUCCAGUUGAACGCUUGGGUUCUGGUGUUUUUGGCUGUUUUCUGGUUGCUUUAUUUGCGAUUUGACACGAGGUGUAGGGAUGGUGUCCUCGAGUCCAACAUUGCCUCCGCUACAGCGCAGGAUGGGGAUUAUCAUCCCAUUCAUCGCGCUCGUGGUGAUUUCCAUCAUUGUGACGUUACUAUAUGGCAAUAUCGCCUCGCAAUCCUGCCCUCAAGAGUCGAUUGCCCCCGGGUUACCUUUCACCGCGCCUUACACCCUCUCCGUACCCCCCGGAAACUGUAACUGCACUGUGUUCUUUCCGCAAGGGUCUCACGAUCCCCUGCAUCCGUCCCCUCCUUCUUUGUACUGCGAAUGUCUGGAUCACGCCGAGACAAGUUCAAACGUCACGCUUGAGUGCCCCAAAACUGAUAAAGAGAUUCAGUUCGUCGACAGAAAAGUCAUCAAAGAGGUAGCACAGGACUGUCCUGUCUGCACCAACGACGCGCGGAUCAUCGAGAAGGAGGUCAUCAAAGAGAUUGGGAAAGAAUGCCCCGAGCCAGUACCGCAAAUCGUCGCGAAGGAGGUGGUCCAGGAGUGUCCCAAGACGCCGUGGUACGCGAAGAACAGGAGUUGGCAUUACCCAGCGUCCUUACCUCUCUGUUCGAUGGAUUCGUGUUUUGAUUACUCCAGAUGUGACAAUGCUGACGAGCUUCUGAUCUACACAUACUACAAGCCGGGUCUAGAGCCUCAGAGAUACUUCCUCCGCAUCAAUGAGUCGAAGUACCACACCGACGACCCAGAGAAGGCGUGCCUGUUCCUCGUCCCAUUUGACAACAUCGAUCCCUGGCAUUUCCAGAAAGUGGAGGAAUUGCCGUAUUGGAACGGAGGAAUGAAUCACAUUGUGCUGACAUUUUCGGACAAGUACAGGAGACUAGCGCCGACGGACGAGAAGAUAGGGAAUGCCUCGAUCAUGGCUAGUGACAUGCAGGAGACCAUGUUACGUCCCGGGUUCGACAUUAGCAUCCCCUUGCCGGGGAAUUAUCACAUGCGACAGCUUCAACCAAUCAGUCCUCUACAGAGGAAGUAUUUGUUGACAUUCAGAGGCAAACGGUAUAUAGGUCUCACGGACGAUGGAAUAUUUCGGAGUUCCAAGGAAUUUAGGGAAAUGCACAAUGGGAACGACGUCAUUGUUGCAACGAAUUGCGACCAUGCUACAAACGAUUACCACCGAAGAGAACAUCCCGAGCUGGGCGAAGGUUGCGACGAAGACAAGGAAGUUUGGAAGAAGCACAACAGUUACGAGGACCUCAUGAACACGACUUUCGCGCUGGUGCCUGCAGGAAGGCAACCAUCCUCGUACAGAUUCAUCGAGGUACUCGCAGCAGGGUCGAUUCCCGUGCUGAUAGCAGACAACUACGUGAAGCCUUUCGACAGUCUAAUACCAUGGUAUACUUGCGCAAUUCAAUUCCCCACCACGGAGAUCAAACGCAUUGUGAACACCCUCCGGAAGGUCUCACCUGAGGAGAAACUGAAGCGACAGAGGAACUGCUUGGAGAUCUACAACCAAUAUCUCAAGGACGACGAAACAUUGUUCCAAACAGCCAUUCGAGCGCUGAAGGCGAGAUUCAUGGGCGCCCUUCCCCACCUGACACAGGUACGAAGGAGGUGAACAAGUUAUUCUUCAACGACUGCGGAUGGGAGUUCAGGAAAGUGGCUUAUAAUCUGUCCCUGCAUUACGCUUGGAAUCUCGCCAUUCGAAGUGAUUCGGGAUGCGGUGAACGUGGUGUAGUGAGGGAUGCGGCGGUGUGCACUUCCGGGAAAGUCCUGUGAAGAACGUGGGAGGAAUUUGAGAAGAUCCGGCUGGAAUUCCAUGUGCUCUCUUCGUUAUGCACGAUAAGUUGGUUUUCCUGGUGAGUUAUCUCAGAGAUUGCUUGAUUGGUUCUCCAUCCUCCUGAGUCCACGUAGGUUGACCCAAUUGUGAAGCCUUCACAAAGUGAGACCUAUCUGAGGACUGUGUUACGGGUUUACGGCGCUUCUUCGACGAUGACUUCAAUUUGGAGAUUCCCGCCGCAACGUGUUGUUGGCGGCUGGAAGUGCCACGUCGGCCGUGAUCUGCAGCUGUUCCAUGCAGCAAUUCUAGGGCUUGGAUUUGUGGGCGGGAGUUGUGUAAGGUGAGCAGGAGCAAGAGUACUGCGACCGGAGUUUAAUUCUUCAGAUCGUCGCAUUUAACACGAUAUAGAGAAAUGUAUUUUCGAAAGCUUUCAACAGUGGGCUUCUUUCGGUUCUCGUAUCAGAUUACUUCAAGUAUUUAGAUGUCUGGUAAGCACUGCAGACGUUGUGCUCGAAAUUUCAUUCUACGGUUUGCAAGUAAGACCAUUAAUUACAUGGCAUUUCUUGGUUUCCUGCUUGACUAACAUCCUCAGUCCAUGUAUAAGUUAUUUCGUUAUGGGGUAUUUUUGAUGCGAUGCUUUCUUCUUCGUUUUAGUUGAUCACUGUAUUAGCCUCUAUGGUUUUCUUUUGGAACUUCUCAAUGGUGCUUAAUUUUUGCAGUUACUACACAUAUUCUAACAUGGAGAAGAUUAUUGUGAGAAUGCUUUCCCAAAAAGAUACUGGUGAACGUCUCCUCUAACCCCACCACCAAUUUUAAACUUCUAUUCGAGAUGCAAAGUUCACCAAUCUUGCUACCAGCGAGCAGAUUUCUGAAUUGCUGGGCGUUGUUUUCCUUUUCGAAGAUGACAUUCAGCUGUUUUCAUACGUGCAGGGCAUGCGUCCUCUUGUGAUGAUGAAGACCAUAACCUUCAUAAUUUCAGUAGGUAGUGCUCGAUAUUUUACGUUCUUUAGUGGUGGUCAUACAUUUUUGGUCGAGUUUGAAGGAAUGCAGGUUCGUCAACAUUGUUCAAAUAUUUGAAGUCUAUGGUCAAAUGGCAUCGAGGGCAUGGAAACAGAAGAAGUCUCCUGGGACGAUCUAUUAAGAUGUCCCGGUUUUUAAUACCAUCUGUUUUGGGCUCGUUUCAGCGUGUAUUGUAUGGCGAGUAAUGUUUACGACGUUUUAAUCAACUUGCCAACAUUUUCUCAGGAGGAUUGUACUGGAGUCUGGAGUUUUUCUGCAGCACUACAAGGAUCAGAAGAAGCAACGCACGCGAGUCAGUGAAGCUUGGCUUGCUUUCUUGAGGUUUCCGUUUGAAAUUUGAAAUCUACAAGAUAUAGACAAUGCGUGGUGCUGAUCCGUUUAUGCCCUUUGGAGCAGACACUGCAAAGUCCAAUGCCCUGGAGAGUUCCCCGCGGGAGAUAGAGACAUUGUGGAACCAUUAUUGCUCAGCGGUUUCCAGAUUUGUGGUAUCAUUGCAAACAGAUUUGACUGUAAGAGCGAAGACUACGGUAAUUAGCAUUUCAGUCACCACAAUCUUUACAGAAGAAGUGUCAAAAGACUUGAGGCUGUGCCAUUGACGUUUUAUCAAACUGUUCCUACCCUCUUUUCUCUGAGAUGACGGAUGACUUUGUCGGUUGGAAGUCCAGUCAUACCCCCAUUACAUCACAGAAGUCUGAGGAAGAUCCUAGCAAAGCCCCACCUAAUGGGCUUAAGAACAAAGUAGGUGACGCAACUGCCCGUGUGAAUGGCAUUGAUGGUGUGCCUAAAGAACAAAACUGUGUGUCCAAGAGGAUGAGACCAAUUGAGGAAGAGCAACCUAAUGGAAGUGAACAGAAUGGGGUUAAUGAGGAAAAAGGACAAGUAAUGAUUGCUUAAGGCAGAGAAAAAUCGAAGGUUGCGUCGGAGGGGAAAGUUGUCUUCUACCAAGAACAAAAAAAGUAGUAUUCAAGUAACGAACAGAAUUCUUUUCAUUGCAAAUCUAUCCAAAUUUCUGAAGCAGUUUCUGUUUGAGAUGAGAUAUGUAUUUUAUCGUGAAUAGUUAUGUGGGAACUGGGGUAAGGAACAGGAGAUGUUGAAGAUGGUGUGCUUGUAACGAAAAAAAUGAUUAUAGGAGUGAUAUUUCACUUGAAUCUUCGAUGGGGACAUGGAAAGUAAGGAAUGUUUUGUACAAUGUGAUCUGAUUGAGGAGAACAGUACAAGCAUCUAAUUUCUAACCUACUGUUGCAUUUGCUUA